AUGAAUGUGGUGGGUAGAGUUGGGAGUCUGAUUACACAAGGUGUUUACUCUGUUGCCACCCCUUUCCACCCUUUUGGUGGGGCUGUUGAUGUGAUUGUCGUUCAGCAGCAAGAUGGGACUUUCCGUAGCACACCUUGGUAUGUUCGGUUUGGUAAAUUUCAGGGUGUUAUCAAGGGGGCUGAGAAGAUUGUUCGUAUAGCUGUCAAUGGUGUUGAAGCUAAUUUUCAUAUGUAUCUUGAUAAUUCUGGCGAAGCAUAUUUUAUUAGGGAGGUUGAUUCUGGCGAAAGAAAUGACCUAGAUGGUGACCUAAAAGAUUCUGACUGUAAAGAUUCUGAUAGUGGGGUUUUUACUAAUGAAGAUGAUAGUUUUGGUCAUAAUAACAAUGAAAGCAAUGCUGAUGUUUGUAGACUUGAACAUAGUGUUUCAGAUUCUGGGGUUGGUUUGUUGCGAGAUGAAUUUGAUUCUUCAGGUGGAAAUCGGAUUCAGAGGGCGGAAUCUGAUGGUAACCGAAGGUACUAUGAAUUUGAAGAUAGGAAGUCUUCUUUGGAGGGUUCAGUUGUAUCAGAAUAUGGGUCUGGUCGAUAUGAAAAUUUAGAGGGUGAGCAGUUUGGGGAAUCACAGGGUUUGAACUCAGAAGUUGUCUUGGUGAGUGUGGAUGGUCAUAUUCUGACAGCCCCUCUCUCGGCCACAGAAGAUGAUCCUGAAAAUGUGCAACUAAGUACACCUCAAUUCCAUCUAGGCCCUGGUGAAGGAACUGAGUUCUGUGAGGGAAAUGAGGAAUUUACUUCAGGUGAUGAUGUAUGGACAGCUGAUUAUAUCAACCAGCUGAAUUCAUCUACAGCUAAUGAUGCAUCUAAUAAAUUUUCUAGCUUGAAGAAUGAUGAUAAUCUCUUUAGUCACCAGCUGCAAGUAUCCAAAGUAGAGGAGCAUAUGUUUCAAACUUCAGAAUCUCAGAAUGUAGCUAACCAGGAAGUAGAUUUUCAUAUUUGUUGUGAUCCAAAUGAUCAUAUUGCUAGAGUUGAGCAAAGAGAUGCUUGUAAUAGCUGUUCGGAGCUACCAGAACCAGACCAGUGUACUGGAAACAAUUUUCAAGACACAAGUUCCACUUUGGAGACUCAAUGUUCAGGAGGGUUUGAGAUAUCUCUUUGCAGGAAUGAACUUCAUGCAGGAAUGGGCUUGAGGGCCGCUGCUGAAGUAUUUGAUGCACAUCGCAUAUUACCAGAGGAAUAUAAGAGUUCAGCAGCAUCAAUACUUAACAAUUCCGACCUUGUUGUUAGAGUUGGGGAGAGGUACUUGCCAUGGGAUAAAGCUGCUCCUCUUGUACUGGGCAUGGUUGCAUUCGGCCUUGAUUUACCUGUCGACCCUGAAGAUGCCAUUCCUGUGGAACAGGAUAAUAUAUCGAAACCUAAGGAUGAUGAAUCUGUUAGCACUCCCACUUCUACUAGACGAAGAUGGCGGCUUUGGCCAAUUCCAUUUAGAAGGGUCAAAACACUUGAGCACACAAGCAGUACUUCAUCAAGUGAGGAGGUAUUUGUUGAUUCUGAAUGUGGUCUGCUGAACUCACAGGCAGAAGUGACUCCGACAUCUGAGAGCCACAAUGACUCUCCUCACAAGCAGUUUAUUAGGACAAAUGUUCCAACUAACGAGCAGAUAGCAUCACUGAAUCUGAAGGAUGGUCAGAAUAUGAUAACUUUUAGUUUCUCUACAAGGGUUCUAGGAACCCAGCAGGUUGAUGCUCAUAUUUACUUGUGGAAAUGGAAUGCACGCAUUGUGAUUUCAGAUGUGGAUGGAACAAUUACAAAGUCUGAUGUUCUUGGUCAAUUUAUGCCUUUAGUUGGAAAGGAUUGGACACAAUCUGGUGUAGCUAGGCUUUUCUCAGCAAUUAAGGGAUUCCCAGUGUUUGUCAUGCAAUACUGGACAUCUUUCAUGUUAGUGUGCAAUCUCAUUUUGGUCUAA